AUGGGGCAGGCCAUAACUGAAGUAGUUAUGACCCACGGCUCUUGGGUGACAGUAUUGUCACCUUUGAUUUUGUCGGCUGCUGCCGAACUACAGGAGCACCUCGACGGCGACAACGCUGUAAGAGCACCCCACCUGUGUGGUCGCAGAUCCGAGGGGAUGAUCGCCACAUUCAAGGCCACCCCCUCUUCCCUGCCACCGUCCAUUACUGAGGAGAAUCUCAGGUCGCCAUCUCCCAAAGCCGGCCCUUCACAACCUCCUUCCUUGCCUGCUGAAGAACGGGGGCGAGGCACUCAGCAUGGCAAGCAUCCCCGGGCCUCAAAUGCCCAUAGCCGAAGCCGCCCGGCAAUCUCCAAGAAGCAGCGCGGCAAGUCCAGGGCUGCCAUUGACACUGAUGAUGAGCUUGAUGAGGAUGAGUUGGUGCCACCGACUAAUAAACUAACAGUUGUAGACCCACCGGCCCAAAAAUCAGGCCAAUAUGUAGAAGUCGCCAGUGAGGAAGAGAUGGAUGCCAAUGAAGAACCCAUUAUCCAGAUCAAGCCGACGGUGAUUGUCAAGAAAGGGAGUCGUAUUUUUUUCAUUGUUGCCUUAUCUCACUCACCAUCGGCACAGAUUACCACCAACUUUUCAGGUGCCGUCUUGACAGAAGAUGAGUUCGCCGAUACUUCGGCGCCCACAUGGGCUCCUCGCUGUGGCCAAUGUGUGGCCCGCGAUCUCAUCUGCCGUCAGGGCAUCAACAAGAAUAACGGCCGGACCUUGAAGGUUUGUGCGCUGUGCAGCCACCUCAAGAUUCGUUGCGGUGGGAAAGGCUCCAAUCCUCCCCCAGCCAAAGGCAAGUCCUCGGCUGGCCGCCGAGCGCGUUCCAAGUCCCGGCGCCGCCCUUCGCCGAUUCAAGAAGAUCCAGCUCCAGACGCCGGCCCAUUAGUUGAGGAAGAGCCGGCGCCUCCUGCAACACCGGCGGUUGCCAAUCCCGAGUUGUCCCAAACGCUGGACGAUCCCGUGGCCGCCGGCCCAUCAUCCAUCUUGGCGCCAUCCUGUAUCGCCCAUGACCAGGAACUGCAAGCGCUGAAGAUGGAAGUCACUGCACUUUGUGCAACCGUCGAGGCUCUGAUGGGUCAAGUGGUGGCAGGCGACCAGCUGCUACAAGCUGCAUACAUGCGCGUGGAUGCGCAAGAUAACUGCACCGAUCUGCUCGCCGGCAAGAUCGCCGACAUUCACCGCCUUGUCGAUCCGCCUUCCUCGGUGACCCCCACAGAUAUCGCCGCUGAUGAGUGUCCUGACUUGGCUGCUGGUCCAGCCCAAGAGAUGGAGGAUUCGGCUUGCUUGCCAGGUCACCAUAAAGACUCCUGA